UAAAUCCUUGGCGUUUCCGGGUGUAAGAUACUGUAUUUUAUGCAAAUGUGUCAAUGUUGAUGAUGGUGCUGAGUUACAGAACUCUCCCUUCCCUCCUAGGAAUGCUAUGAAUCUGCAGCACUUUAUUUACUCGAUCAGUUUCAACAUCAAACUUCUGUGUCAAAGAAGACUAUGAAAGCUCCUAAUGACUGAACUCACAGUGCUGCUGAUGCCCACCGGUAUCUGCAAGCAUCAUUAGUAACCUUAGGACACUGGAUCAGUGAGACCAACAGCUUGGCUGCCUUAUCAGUAGGAGGGCACAGGACCCCUGCCUUGCCCAGUCUUGUAAAGAGCACUGGCUACCAGGAAGGACUGAUUGGCUUUUACAAUGAAGGGCAGCGAGGAGAAGCAGAGUAUGAUCAUGCAGGAGUUUGUGGAUAAUGAAGAGGCUGAAGUAGAACAUUUGAAAAAGACUUUAAAAGCUCAACGUCAGAGACGUAAGAAAGCGCUGUUAGAUCAUGAUGCAGAUUCACAGGUUGAUGAACCAGUGGAAGAUAUUUCAGCCUUUAGACGAGAACAGCGCAGCCUUCCCCCUUUGGCUACUUCUUCAUCAAGAUCCAGCAUUGCUGAAACGUCCAUGAGGGAGCGGAUGAGACAGAAAUUGAAAGCUGGAAGGUCAAAAGCAGAAAGUAUAUUGCAAGAGUCCCCAUCCAUCUCACCACGAAGCUUAACUAGAUCUAGAGCUAAGGACACAGUUACUGGCUUCGAUGAAGAGAGGACAAAGGACUUUGAAGCUCAGCUAAACUCAAAAGUAAAAUUCCGUGAUUCUGUUCGAACGUUGCAGAAAAAGUCACAGGUCCAGGAUGCGUUUCCAACAGCUGAAGAAUCCUAUAAUUUUUUUACAUUAAAUGUUGACCCAGAACCUGAAGAAGAAAAAGAUCAAACUAAAAAAUCUGAUGUUAGCCAAGUGGAAGAUGGGGAAUCUGAAAGCCACCAACAGGAGCAAGAAGAAGGAGAAGAUGAAAUGGGUGAAGAUGAGUGCCUGGUUCCUGAAGAUCUGUUUGUCAUAGACCAGACAAUACGGGAUUUCCUAGAGCUGUCACCUGCUGAAUAUGAGGGCGACCACAGUCGGCUGCAGAAAUUAAAAGACCUCAUUUUUGUUCCAAGUAUUCAACAAGUGCCAACUUCUCAGAAGAUGCCUGAAAACAUGAAGCCCAGGUAUGUGGAAGAUGAGGGUCUGUAUAUUGGAGAAAGACCUAAAAUAUCCAGAACGAAUGAGAACAUUUUAGAGAAUAGAAUACUCCGUCAGGAAGAGGGAAAAAAAUGGUUUGGGGAUGAUGGCAAAAUUUUUGCUCUAGCGAAUCCCAUAAAACCAUCAUCUACGAGACCACCUAUAUUUUCUCUUCAUGAAGGAACCGAUCCAGCCUUGGAAACUGUUUAUUUAAAGGCGAUUCCCCACAAAUAUGCCAAUCAGUACAUGGUUGGAACUGGAGCUCUUCAGGGAGAGUUUCUGCUGGACAUUGAUAUAAAUGGAAUAAUAUUUACCCAUCACCCACUUUUCAGUCGCGAACAUGUCCUCGCUUCAAAACUGGCACAAAUGUAUGAUCAGUAUGUUGGAAGAAGACAAAAAAAUCUUUCCGGUCUUUUGACAGAUAAGCUACAUGCUCUAAGGAACGCUGUACAGAACAUUAUGGAAAGUACCUCAGCUCAUGGCUCCAGCACAAUUACUGAAAAAAGUACAGCUGAAUAUAAAAUGGAAAUAAGGCAAACCAGGAAAUUUCGAGACACAGAACAAGAAAGAGACAGAACGCUGUUCAAGAACAUUCUAAAAGUUUGGAAAGAAAUCAAAUCUCUACGCGAAUUUCAAAAGUUUAUUAACACACCAGUGAAACUCUAUAUGCGAAAAGAAGAAAUUAAUAGAAGAGCAGACGAGGAAGAAUAUGAGGCUGAAAUACAAUCUGAGAUACAUGAGGUAAUGGAAGAAUAUUUAGAAGAACAUGAAAAGAAUAUGAUCCAGUACAAGAAUGAUGUUCAGCAAUGGAAAGCAUGGAGAAGGGCCCAGAAGCUGAAAAAGAAAAAGAAAAAGGAGAACCCAAAUGAAGAUGAUGAGGAAGACAGCCCACAUUCUGAAGAAGGACCCAUCAAACCGUUACCGCCUGUAAUGCCAGACAGACAAGCUGUUGAGCAAGACAUUCGAGAAAAAGCUGGUAACAUCAGAAGGAGACCAGGAGAACCUAUACUGAUACCUGAACUAAGCCUGUCAGGGGUUGUAACCCCCAAUGAUAUGUGUCCGAGGGUAGAAGCAUUAAGGCGCGAGGACAUCCAAAAACAUUCAUUAUUCAUUAAGAUCCUUGUUAACAAUAAGGAGGUUUCAAGAACUGUAACUAAGCAUUUGGGUUCAGACUUCAGAGUUCACUGGGGACAAAUAUAUAAGACACAGAUUCUUAAUUGGCCCGAAAGCAUAAAGCUGCAGAUAUUUGAAACUGUUGGAAAGAGCGGAACUAAUUUGUUAGCAGAGGCUUUUAUUCCGAUCCCAGAGAGUACUCUAUUAACAGGAAGAGCCCCCUUUGAAGAUGUAGAGUUCAGUAGUAACCAAAGGGUGAUGUUUGAUCAUGAAGGUGUUGGCAGUGAUGUACCAUUUUCAUUUGAGGCAGAUGGCAGCAACAAAAUGACGUUAAUGACUUCUGGAAAAGUCUCUUAUUGUGUUUCUUGGGCUGUUGGAGAAAACGGAGUGCCCUUGGUCCCUCCAAUUUCACAGCAAAACAGAUCAUUAAAUAAUGAUGCAGUUGCAUCUAUCGGAGCAUCCAGCCUGACUGACAUGAAGAAACUGGCGAAAUGGGCUGCAGAAUCAAAGCUUGAUCCAAACGAUCCUAACAAUGCUGCUCUCAUGCAACUAAUAACGAUUGCAAACAGUGGAGAUUCUUAUGUCCCAGAAUAUUUCAGGCUUGAACAGUUGCAGAAGGAGUUUGAUUUUGUAUCUGAUGAAGAAUUUAACAGAUCAAAAAGGUUCAGACUUUUACAGCUGCGUAACCAGGAGGUAGCAGAAUUUCGGAAUUUUAAGCAAGUACCUCUAAAGGACCGUGAGAUCUCUGAUAAGAUCUUCCAGGAAUAUGAUAAGAGAUUGCGUGACCAAGAUGUAAUCACCAAAGACAGUUAUUUAGAUGGUCGCAGAGCCUUGGUGGCCAGGUACCUUCAGAAGGUUAGGGACUCUGUGGUGAAUCGUUUCUUGAUAGCUAAACGCCAUUACAUUCUCUCUGACCUGGUUGUUGAAGAAGAUAUUCCUAGUCUUGGUGUUAUGGGAAUGGACCUUUUCAAGCUGGCUGAGCCAAAACGUCCACUGAAGCCAAGGCGAAAGGAGAGAAAGAAAGUUACUGCUCAAAAUCUAUCUGAUGGUGACAUAAAAGUCCUUGUAAAUGUUGUCCGUGCAUACGAUGUUCCUGUCAGAAAACCAACAUCAAGCAAACCAGCACAAUCAUCCAGGUCUGCAAGAUCGUUCAAUGAAAUGUUUUCAGCAACAGCGGCAGCAGCAUCACCUCCAGGCCAGACUCAAGAUCCUGAGUGGGCAAUAAACCAGGUAUUAGUCCGACCAUUUGUAGAAGUCUCUUUUCAACGUACUGUAUGUCAAACUUCAACUGCAGAUGGUCCAAAUCCCAACUGGAAUGAAGAACUUAUUCUUCCAUUUAGGGCACCUAAUGGUGACUAUAGCACGACUAGUUUGCAGUCUGUUAAAGACGAUGUAUUUAUCAAUAUCUUUGAUGAGAUUUCCUAUGAUAUUUUAGAGGAUGACAGGGAAAGAGGAAGUGCCGUCCACACAAGAAUAGAACGUCAUUGGCUGGGGUCUGUGCGAAUUCCAUUUACAACCAUCUACUUUCAAUCCAGGAUUGAUGGGACAUUUCGAGUUGAAAUUCCGCCAGUACUUCUUGGAUACAGUAAGCAGCAUAAUUUGGGUAAUGAAGGUGGAUACGAUGCAGUGAGAAGUCUGAGUCAAGGCUCUUUUUUAACACUGUUCAUAACUAUUGAACCUCAACUGGUACCUGGAGAAUCCAUCAGAGAAAAGUUUGACAGCCAAGAAGAGGAAAAACUGCUACAGGCUGCAGAGAAGUUUCAAAGAGAAGCAGGGUUAAAGUUUCCAAAACGUCAAUGUCUGCCCACUGUAACCGAUAUCAAUGGGACCACAGUUUUUGUCACUAGAUACAUCAAGCCGUUGAACCCACCGCAGGAAUUUCUUGACGCCCAUCCAAAUAAUCAACAAGCAGCUUCAGAACUUGUGGCUCGCUAUGUCUCUCUAAUUCCUUUCUUGCCUGACAGUGUGUCAUUUGCCGGAAUAUGUGAUUUAUGGAGCACAUCAGACCAAUUUCUUGACCUGUUGGCCGGAGAUGAAGAAGAACACGCUGUCCUGUUGUGCAAUUAUUUUUUGGCAAUGGGGAAAAAGGCUUGGCUUAUAAUAGGAAAUGCAAUCCCUGAGGGUCCAACUUCAUACGUGCUUACCUUGGAACAGAGCCAGUAUAUCAUAUGGAAUCCAAGCACUGGAAGAUGUUAUGGCCAGUUUGACACUUUUUGCCCCUUACAAAAUAUUGGAUGUUUGAUCAAUGCUGACAAUAUUUGGUUUAACAUUCAGCAAUAUGAUUCACCAAUGAGCAUUAUAUUUGACACAAGCCGGCCAAAGAUGUGGAAACCAUUUUUCUCAAGAAGUUUUCCAAAUCCUGGUCUUUCUAGCGUUCAGCCAGAAGAAUUGAUUUAUCAUCGUUCAGACAAAGCUGCAGCUGUUGAACUUCAAAACAGAAUUGAGAAAAUACUGAAGGAGAAAAUCAUGGAGUGGAGACCAAGACAUCCAACUCGAUGGAACAGAUACUGCACAUCUACUCUGCGACAGUGCUUACCUCUUUUAGAGGAAACCCAAGGCAAAGAAGUAGAGGAAGAUCAUCGGGCAGAGUUGCAAAGGCAGCUUGGAGAUUAUAGGUUUUCUGGAUUUCCUAUUCAUAUGGCGUUCUCGGAAAUAACACCUCUUAUAGAAGCUGUCUAUAGCACAGGAGUGCACAACAGUGAACUCCCCAGUGUAGAGUUUGCUCUGGCUGUGUAUGUUCACCCUUAUCCAAAGAAUAUUUUCUCUGUGUGGGUAUACGUCGCUUCUCUUGUUCGGAACAGAUGAUCUAAAAGCUGUAGGACAAUAGCCUCAGGAAAUCAGUGCUGAAUUUACCGCUAUACCAGACUUAGGCACACAUAACAGACAUGAAGUCUGACUUCACUAGAACAACAGGUGCCUAGCAUUAAUUGGUGACGUAUCCAAGUAAUUACUGCACUUCAGGUACAGGUAUCAUAGGACCGAGGUCCUCAGUCUUCUAUCUCAGGGUCCAUUUUACUACCGGUGUGGUGAUUGGAAGCUAACCAAAAUGGCAGGAAACUUGGACAAAUUUCUCUUCAUUCUUGUUCCAGAUGGGGGAAAAAAGUUCCUUCUUUUGGCAUUUAUAUUUGCUAAGCUACCCCUAUGAUUUAGAAGAAGUCUCCCCCUUUUUAGACUGUGUUUUUAGUGUACUUAUUUUUAUUCAACCAAAAAAACUGAAAUUGAUCUCAAAUCAAUAUUUGUUUCUAAACUAAGCCUAUUCAAAUGUAGAAUUCUGUAUUGGAGACAUUUGGUUUUAUCCAUAAUUAGCUGAUGUUGGAACCUUUCACCUUAUCAUUCAAAAUUCAUUUUAUAAUUCACUAUAAAUUAACAUCCUAAUCAUAUAUUAUGUACAGAGUAGUCUGCUAGUAAAAUCUUGUGAAUUACCCUACACUGGAUGAUCAUUAAAUUAAAAGUGAAUAUUGCUGAUAUAGUCCAGUAAAUAAUUUCCUAGGCAAUAAGAACAAAAGAUAAAUUACAUUUUGUAUAUGUGUAUAGCUAAUACAGAUGUGCUAAAUCUGCAUAAACCGAUGCCUUAAAGUUUAUUUUAAAUAUGUUUAGGUACUUGCUAUUUAAAAAAAAAAAAACGGAGAGAGAAAAUUACUAGUUUUAAAUAUGCAGCUUGGAUCACAUAUAUAUAUUUUUUCUAUGCUGUAUAUGACACACACACUGUAUAAAACAAUAUGGACAAUUACAUUUUUAGAAUUGUACAUACCACUGUUUUAAAAUAUAUAUAUUUUAAUAUCUGUUUUAUUGUAAUAAUGUUUUUAUAUUUUCUAGAAUUUGUUAAAAAUACAAAUAAAAUUUUAUUACAUUG